AGGCGGCAGCUGGCACGGGUCACGUGGCGUGUUCCCGCAGUGCGCAGGCGCGCCGGUCGCGGUGUGAUUGGUCGGUGUGCUGGACGGGGCAGCUGCUGCCGGUCGCCAUGACGCUCUUUCAUUUCGGGAACUGCUUUGCUCUGGCCUAUUUCCCGUACUUCAUCACCUACAAGUGCAGCGGCCUCUCCGAGUAUGGCGCCUUCUGGAGAUGUGUACAGGCCGGAGCCACCUACCUGUGUGUGCAGCUUUGCAAGAUGCUGUUCCUGGCCACGUUUUUCCCGACAUGGGAAGGAGCAGCCGGAGUUUACGACUUUAUUGGGGAGUUCAUGAAGUCCACAGUUGAUUUGGCGGACCUGUUGGGGCUGCACUUGGUGAUGUCUCGGAACGCAGGGAAGGGAGAGUACAAAAUAAUGGUGGCAGCCAUGGGGUGGGCGACGGCGGAACUGGUCAUGUCUAGGUGUCUCCCUCUCUGGGUCGGCGCUCGUGGCAUUGAGUUUGACUGGAAGUACAUUCAGAUGAGCAUCGAUUCCAACAUUAGUUUGGUGCAUUACAUGUCCGUAGCCGCCCUGGUCUGGAUGUGGACGCGAUACGACCUCCCUACCCAUUUACGUCUGCCGGUUUCAGUCCUCCUAGGGCUGAGUAUGUAUAAAGCCUUCCUCAUGGACUGUUUUGUGCACAUUUUCUUACUGGGCAGCUGGACGGCUCUUCUGCUGAAAGCUGUGACCACCGGGGUCCUGUCCCUCAGCUGCCUCACGCUCUUCGUCAGCCUCGUGCACGGAAACUGACGCGCUUCUGGACUAACUUCAUGCUGGACAUCGGCCUCUUUGUUGGCGGUCUCUUCAUUCAAGAGGAAAACCCGAACCAAAGCACUACGGGGGCGAGAACUUUAUAUGUAUUUUGUUUUUUUAAAUUAAUUUCCUAAAACUUUAUAUAAUAAAAUACAUGCGGACCAUUUA